CUGUCGUGUAACAUGAACAAUGAAGUUGGAUCAAGUGCGGAUUACACUAGCAUACAUUCAAGGUCAAUUGGAUUUCAGCUAAAACAAGUUGCUGGGGUGUUGUAAAACUGGCAUUGAUGAAUCAGUUGGACCGAAAUGAUUGAAUCUUGCACGAAAAGGCGCAUGUUAUUGGGUAUCACACUAUUAGGAGGGUUAACCAUUCUUGUGCUGAUUGUUGAGAGCCAAUGGACCGAGAGUCCGAGCAAUAAGCCAUUUGUCGAAAAUAUUGAACAUAAUAACACUUGUGCAGACAGUGGACUGUAUGAGGUGAUUGAUGAGUGUCAUCCGUGCACUGCAUUUGAAAUUGCCAGUGAGAGCAUUGGAGUCUGUGUUUAUGCGAGGUACAAGGAAGUGAUCAAGUGUAGGACUGGAGAGAAGAUUAUUCGAAGUUGUGACAGAGUCGCUUGGCUCGAGGAGAACGCCUUUCUAAAGUUCGAAGGGUCCAUGUUCGCCCUGUCCAUCCUCUCCUGUCUCACUGUGUUCUGGAGGGAAAGCAUCCUCCGCAAACGAAUAAUUCGAAAAGUAGCUCGACAACUACGAACAGCUAAUAGUGUAUGA